AUGGCGGGAACUCUAGAGCAGCUUGAUCAGACCAUCGGGGAGGUCCUCGCAGGCUGGAACUUCGUCAGCACCCUCAUCGCCUUCACCAUCGUCGGCUUCCUGGCCUGGAUCAUCUAUGACAGCGCCGAUGCCGACACACACCCGCUGCUGCUCGCCAGACAGGCGGUAGCUUCAUACGUGAGGCAGCCGGGAGAGUCUGCGGUCUUCCGCUCCCCCGAAACUCCUCAUGGCUAUCCUCUCCGUACCGGUCUUGCCGUAAGACCUCCGGGCGCUCCCAUGUACUCUGCCGGCAAAGAUGGAGAUCUCCGGGAUAUCUGGCGACGUGUCACGGGCGAGAUCCCUCUCGAGAAGGGCGCAAAGUCUAGCGGCACUGCAAACAUCAUGACCGUCUUUGGAAAGGAAGGUGUCACCGAGCACAAAGUUGAAGAUGUUACCAAGGAGAUUGCUAUUCUCGGAAAGCAUCUCCAAGAUCGCGGAGCUAAGAGAGUGGCCAUCUACCUCCCCAACAGUCUCGAGUUCCUCUCUGCACUCUUUGCCGGUGCCUUCUUCGACUUCACGCCUAUCUUGAUCCCAUACAAUCAACCACACGAGACCCUUGCCGAGCUCCUCCUCCAAACGAAAGCCGAUGCCCUCAUCGCUGAGGCAGGCUCUGUGCCUCUUGCCGAACUCAGUCAGGGCGUGUCCGGCCUGCGCUCCAUCGUCUGGACUGUAGAGAAGACAAGCAGGCACAUGGACUGGAGCGAGGUACCCGAAGGCAUCGGCGGAAAGAUCGAUGUUGCCGUUUGGCAUGAGCUUGUACAGGAACAGAAGACUACCACUAUACCAUUACCGUCGAAUCCCGGCAAGCCUCGAAACGUUGUCUUCCUCUGGCAAGAAGCCGUUGGAAAGCCAGCAGAGGUUGUCGAAUUCACGCAACAGAAUCUGACCGCCGCCGUUGGCGCGCUUGUCACGUCCCUUCCUGCCGCCCACCGUCUAAAUGCCUCGGAUACGUUCCUCCCCGCAGAUGCCUUUACACACUCCUACUGUCUGUGCCUGACGCUGGUUGCUCUGUUUUCUCACGCAACAGUCGUCAUCCAGUCCGUUGCCGGUCCGGGUGUCGAUCUGGAACUGGCUACACGCUCCAUCGCCCCUACCGUCACUGUCGUCUCGGCCGAAACAGCUGCGAAGCUUCACAACACCACCAAGACAUCCUUAACGGGUGGCCCCCAGAAGUUGGCUCAUUACCUCGAGACGCGCAUGUUGACUGCUGGCCGCCUACCUACCGACAAUCUCCUCACAAAGCUCAAUGCGCCCAAGAGGGCGGCUGUCGGCACAACACCUGGAAAACUGCGCUUGGUCUUUGUGUCUGAACGACAAGGCCUGAACACGCCACCACUUAGCUCAGAGGACCUCUCCGAUCUACGUAUCUUCACCAAAGCGCGUGUCGUAUACGCUUUGACCACAGCCAAGGUAGCGGGGGCCGUUGCGCAAACCAACAUCUACGACUACCGAAGGGAGACGGCAUCGAACAAGCACAGCCACUUCGGUGUGCCCCUCAGUUGCGUGGAGAUCAAGUUGAAAGAUACACCACAUCUUAAGACAACAGACGAGCAGACUGCAGGCGAGCUGGUCGUAACUGGCUCAUCGGUUGUGGGUGGUGAGGUCCACCUAGGCGUGAAUGCGACCAUCAGAGAGGACCAUACUUUGGCGAUGCCGUUAAUCGAGAAGCCGCAUUGGACGCUCAGGGUUGAGCAACCCAAGAGCACGUUUGCGGAAGGCAAUGCGCGAUGGACGAACAAAGAUCUUGACCCUGUUCCGAGGCAUGGUAGAAAGUGGGGUGUGACGAGCUUCAUCUCGUAUUGGGUGUCGGAUGCAUUCAACGCCGCAACAUGGCAAUUCGCAUCCAGUAUCAUCGCAAUCGGCCUCACCUGGCGGGAAUCUCUCGGAAUAGUCGCCCUAGCAUUUUUCAUGAUCUCCUUCGUCAUCGCCCUAAACGGCGCAAUCGGCGUUCUGCACCACGUCCCCUUCCCCGUCAUCGCGCGCGCCUCCUGGGGUUUCUGGGGCUCCUACAUCGCCAUCGUCUCGCGCGCCAUCCUCGCCAUCUUCUGGUUCGCCAUCCAAAACAUGAACGGCGCGAAUUCCGUGCGCGUCAUGAUCGGCGCCAUCUGGCCCUCCUUCCUCACACUGGAAAACGGUAUCCCGGAGAGCCAAGGCAUAGAUACGGCGACCAUGAUCAGUUUCUUCAUCUUCUGGCUGGGUAGUGUGCCGUUUUUGGUUAUGCAUCCUAAUGAGUUGAGGUGGCUGUUUAUGGCUAAGAGUAUUAUUGUGCCGAUUGCGUGGAUUGCGAUUUUGAUCUGGGCGUUUGUGAGUACGGAUGGGGGAGGUGAGAUGUGGAAUCAGAAGGCUACGUUGACGGGAAGUGCGUAUUCGUGGGGGUUCUUGUCGAGUUUGACGAGUGUUAUUGGGAAUUAUGCUACGUUGUCUGUGAAUCAGUCCGACUUCUCCCGCUACUCCCGCGUCUCGGUAAAAUGGCAAUGCAUCUACGUGCCCUUCCUCCCCAUAGUCUUCACCUUCAUCGCCUUCAUCGGCGUAGCCGCCACGUCCGCCGGCGCCGUCAAAUACGGCACUCUGGACUGGGACCCCAUGGCCCUCAUCGCCCACUGGGACAACCGCGCCGCCCGCUUCUUCGCCGCCUUCUCCUUCGCCCUCGCCGCCCUCGGCGUAAACAUCUCCGCCAAUUCGCUCUCCGCUGCCAACGACCUAACCGCCCUGUUUCCCCGCUACGUCAAUAUCCGGCGCGGCCAGCUGCUCUGUGCGGUGCUCUGCUGGGCGCUUGUUCCCUGGAAGAUUCUUGCGUCGGCGGGUAGUUUCCUGAAUUUCAUGGCUGCGUAUGCGAUUUUCCUGGGUCCGAUUGCGGCGAUCAUGGUUGUCGACUUCUGGGUUGUGCAUCGUGGGAAGUAUGAUACGCUGGCGCUGUACCAGUAUCACGGUAUCUACAAGUACACCGCCGGUUGCAACUGGCGCGCUAUUGUCGCUUUUCUUGUUGGCGUUGCACCGAAUAUGCCGGGGUUCAUUCAGUCGAUCAAUCCGGCUAUUGAUGCUGGUGUGGGUGCUAGGCCGUAUAGCUUUGGGUGGUUGCUGGGUUUCACGGCGACGGCGCUGGUGUAUGGAUUGUUGGAGAUGGUUGUUGCGCCGCCGAGGGAGACUUUCAUCGAUAGGGCGGUGUAUCCGGAUGAGAUUUAUGAUGAGGCGGGUGUGGUGGAUGAGGGGAUUAGUGUGGGGAGUGGAGAGCAAGGGAGCGCGGAGAAGACGGGGUGGAAGGCGAAGAUGACGAGGAUGUUGUAG